UGAAAAUAUGGGAUUGCUUUACAAGUCAGAUAGAGAUUUCAUAAGCACCGGAGAAAAUUAUGAUGCAGAACCAGGAAUUUCUACCUCAUCAGAGGCCUUUACAGAUCGACUGUGUAAGAAUUUAAGAAGUUUUCCAAUGGGAAGAAAGAACUGCUACAUUCUGCGGCCUGAACAGGGAAAAAAUCAUAAUUAUUUGAUCAGAGCUUUUUUUUGUUAUGAAAAUUACAAUGGCAAUAAUCAACCUCCAACAUUUGAUGUGCACAUAGGGGUUAACCAUUGGAUGACACUUGAUGAUCUAAAUCGUAAUGGGUGGAAUUUUGGUGAGAUCUUUCAUUUUUCUUCAACUGGAAUUAUUCAUGUGUGCCUUAUAAACAAAGGCUUGGGUGUACCUUUCAUUUCAGCAUUGAAAUUAUACUCUGUGAACAAUUCCAUUUAUAGAAGUGAGUUGGGAUCACUACAUGUUACUCGAAGAUUCCAACCUGGCUAUACUACUAACAUUCGUUUCAGGUACAAGGAUGAUGUCUUCCAUCGCGUCUGGAGAACUUAUGGGUUUGCUACUUGGACUUUGGUCAAUGCCACAUCAGACACACAACUCCAAGAAAUUAAUUCUUCCUACAAACUACCCAUUGAAGUGUUAAGAACUGCGGCCCAGGCCCAAAAUGACAUUGGCUCAUUGACGUACAACAAGAGGUUUUACUGUUCCCCAUCGUGCAAUUUUCAUGUCUACUUUCACUUCGCUGAAAUUGUAGAGUUUCCACAAGAUCAACGAAGAGAAUUCACAAUUACUCUGAAUGAUCACAACUAUGGACCCUUUAGCCUGGAAUACUUCAAGCCACGGACUAUACCUCUUAAAUUAACAACCAAAGGCGAUAUUAACUUUACUAUCAAUUCAACGAGCAACUCUCACCUUCCACCCAUUCUCAAUGCCUUCGAGAUUCUCUAUAUAAUUAAGCUUCCUCGUUCUCCAACAGACCAAGCGGAUGUUGAUGCAAUCAUGGCCGUCAUGCGAUCAUACAACAUAAAUGAAGAUGAAUGGCAAGGAGACCCAUGUGUGCCAAGAGAAUUUUCAUGGAAUGGUUUGAACUGUAGUAGUUAUGACAAAAAUCCUCCAAGGAUCAUCUCAUUGGACCUCAGUUCAAGGAAAUUGACUGGCGAAAUAGCUCCGUCGCUCUCUGCCCUCAAGGCAAUUCAGUCCUUGGAUUUAUCAUACAAUAAAUUGACUGGAAUUCUGCCCAAUUUUUUUUCAGAACUGUUGAACUUAACUUUGCUGGAUUUAUCUUACAAUGAAUUGACAGGGCCGGUGCCAGAAUUUUUAGCACAACUGCCGAAUUUAAAUACUCUAAAUUUAACUGGGAACAAGUUCACUGGAUCCAUUCCACAGUCCCUUAUAAAAAAGUCUAAUAAUGGAACAUUGCAGUUAAGCUUCGACAAAAAUCCAAAUUUAUGCCAGUCGGAUUCAUGUGAGAAAAAGAAACAUUUUCUUCUUCCAGUUGUUGCAUCAAUUAUAUCAAUAUUGAUGCUUCUGCUCCUAUGCAUGAUAUCUAUCUCUUGGAGACAAAGAAGACAGCAAGCAAUAGCAGAAACACAAAUAUCAAAGAAUCAGACCUUUAGUUACUCAGAGAUUAUUAGUGUUACUGAUAACUUUAAGACCGCCAUCGGAGGAGGGGGCUUUGGAAAAGUUUACUUUGGAACCCUAAAAGAUGGCACUCAAGUUGCCAUUAAGCUGUUAUCUCAAUCAUCAAAUCAAGGCUACAAGGAAUUUCAAGCAGAGGUGCAGCUCUUGAUGGUUGUUCAUCAUAGGAAUUUGGUUUCACUAAUUGGGUACUGCAAUGAUAGUCAUAACAUGGCAUUGGUAUACGAGUACAUGGUUAAUGGAAACUUGCAACAGCAUUUAUCAAAGAAAAGUGGAAGUGUUCUGACUUGGAAAGAGAGAUUUCAAAUUGCAGUAGAUGCAGCUUAUGGACUGGAGUAUCUACAUAAUGGUUGCAAACCACCGAUUAUCCACAGGGAUUUGAAGACUUCCAACAUCUUAUUGAACGAAAAAUGGCAAGCAAAGAUCGCUGAUUUUGGAUUGUCUAGAGCUUUCACCAAUGAAAGUGGUUCACAUGUAUCAACUUGCCCUGCUGGCACAUUUGGUUACGUCGCUCCUGAGGCUCAAGCAUCAGGAAACUUUAACAAAAAAAGUGAUGUUUAUAGCUUUGGGAUUAUUCUACUUGAGCUCAUAACUGGUCAGCCUGCAAUAACAAGAAAGACCCAUGGGGGCUUCAUUUGCAUACAUCAAUGGAUUAGACCUCUAAUCGACAGGGGUGAUAUUCUAACCAUUGUUGAUCCCAGACUGGAUGGAGAAUUCGAUGCCACUUCAGCCUGGAAAGCUGUGGAGACUGCCUUUUCCUGUGUAUCAAACGCUUCAAUACAGAGGCCAGACAUGAGUCAUGUACUAGCUGAAUUACAGGAAUGCUUGGCUAUAGUAAUGGCUGUUGAAGAAUCCCAAACAAUGAAAGCCAGGGUCCUAAGAUCAAGCAAUUCACUACCAAUUAGCCCCUUGAAUAUUGAUACUGAUAUGGCUCCUAGUCCAAGGUAAAAACUGGAGUAUAGAUCUCAUAUGUACUGGCUUGAAAUUUUUAUACUUUUUUCUCUUUUUACAAAAACGGUUAUAUUAAUGUAUUAAGCUGCACCAAUAAUUUGCUUAUGAAGUUUCUUGGAAAUGUAUAAUUAUCAUUACAAAAUUUUAGGAUAGUAACAGGUCAGAUAUUUGUGGGUAUUCAACCUAAUAGAAUGAGUUUAGGUAGCAUAUAAUCGAGAUUAGGAUGGAUUUAGAUUUGAAGUAUAAUAUUUGUAAUAUGUUCGGAUCGAGUUUAGAUUUUACAUAUUGAGUAUUCAUUAAUGAAA